AUGAUCGCGAGAGUGUUCAGACACGUGCGGGGACAGCGGAGCAAACAGUCUCGGAUAUAAAUAAUCAAUCAUCUAUAGAUGGGCGCUCGACUGCCAUGGAGCGGGUAUCCAUCUUCAUCCCACUUCUUCAUUCAUCAUGGGUCACAUGCACAUUUGGUCAGCGUACAUUCGCGAGACUUAUCCUCCUUCAACGAAGUUUCACGCGUCUGACUCCCGGGCAUGUCCGGAAAGGUUGUUCUCGUCACCGGUGCAAAUUCAGGGAUAGGCAAAGAGACCGCCAGAGUCCUCCUCACAAAAAACGCCAAGGUUUACGUUGCUUGUCGCGACAAGGCCAAGGGUGAAGCCGGUGAAGACGCUAUUCGCGACCUAAAGAGCACCAGAAAAGAAGUGUAUUUCUUGCAACUCAACUUGGCAAACUUGAAGUCCGUCAAAGCUUCUGGAGAAGAUUUUCUGCGUGAACCCGUACUACACGUCCUAUUCAACAACGCUGGGGUAAUGGCCCCUCCUAUAGAGUUGUUGACGGACGACGGUUAUGACCUGCAAUUUGGCACAAAUGUCCUAGGUCACUUCUACUUCACGAAAAUUAUUAUGCUUGCACUUCUAGCGGGUGCCGCGCAGUCACCUGACGGAACUGCACGCAUUGUCAACACUGCCUCUAACGCUCACUGGUUCGGUCGUCUAGACUAUGACACGUUCAAGGACUCUUCCGCCAGGAAACAGAAGAGCGCCAUGAGUCUCUAUGGCCAAAGCAAAAUGGGCAAUAUCUUAUUUGUAGCUGAGGUAGCCAGACGAUAUGGCAACCAGGGUGUAGUCUCGACAGCACUCAACCCGGGUGGUAUCAAGACGGAGCUUGGCCGUUAUCGUGACUCCUUUUAUGAUGUAUCAUUUGGCGCGCUCACGCAGUUAUAUGCUGAAACCACUACAGAAGGAGCGAAUCUUAACGGAAAGUAUCUUGUUCCAUGGCCAUGCAUUGGGAACACACGCAGAUGCGCAGGAUGCAUAGCAGGCUUCAGAGCUAUGGAACUAGCUUGA